CUUCCGGGGCAUAGUACACACACACUAACAAUAACAUGGCUCCUGCAGCGUAGAUUGGGGGAGCUGACCGUAUACACAUACACAUCGCGGGUCAGAGAGCCUUAGUGCCUGGUCAUAGAUGGUAGUGAAGGGAGGCUGAGUGCUGGAAGCUGUACAAUGGCUCCCCCUACAGCAUGAGAGUGACGGACACCUCAUUAUGUGUGUGCUCGGUGGUAUGGAUUGUGCGGGGAGCUUGCACAUUUCUUGGCAGUGUGACGUGUCUGUAGACUGACCCGCCUGUAUACCGGCAGGGUACAGUAUAGUUCCUAUAGGCAGAUCCGCCAUAUCUCAGGGGGUUAGGGAUGGUCCAGGUGCUGUCUAUGGUGUGGAGGAAGAUCCUGCGCAAGAGAUGGGUGCUGGGCAUAGUAUUUGGCCUCUCUCUGAUCUAUUUUCUCACCAGCACCUUCAAGCAGGAAGAGAAGACCAUCAGAGACAGAACUCUUCUUCAGACCAGAGAUCAAGGGCAAAACGUUCAGUGGAAAAUCCAGUUUAACCUCGGGAACAGCAGCAGGCUCAGUAACCAGUGUCGCAACUCUGUGCAGGGCAAACUCCUCAUUACAGAUGAUCUAGGUUAUGUAUGUGAACGUAAAGAACUGCUUGCAAAUGGAUGCUGCAAUAUCAAUGUGGCCAGUACUAGACAAUAUAACUGUGAGAGCUGUCUACCUAAUGGAUGCUGCAGUGUCUACGAGUACUGCGUGUCUUGCUGCUUACAGCCCAACAAGCAACAUAUAUUGGAACGUUUUUUAAAAAGAGCUGCGAUGGGGUUUCAGAAUUUAUUCAUGGCAGUAGAAGACCACUUCGAGCUGUGCUUGGCCAAGUGUCGGACAUCUUCACAGAGUGUACAGCAUGAAAACACCUACCGGAAUCCAGUGGCCAAGUUCUGCUAUGGAGAAAGCCCUCCAGAACUUCUACCCAUGUGAGCCAGUCUGGUGGUAGAACUAAGGACAAAUCUAUCACAUGACCAUGCAAUACCAUGGAUCUAAGACUUACGGGUACCACAUGUAGUAUCUUCUACAGUGACGUCAGUUGUAAUUUAAGAACUAAAUCUUGAAAUGAUAGUUUCACGUUCUAGUUGGUGUGCAUGGAGUGCAGCAUUGGGUCAGCAGAAAACCUCUAGUAGGGAGACUAUCGGGCACUUUUAUACAAAUGGUGACAACAUAGUGAUCAAUGCGCUCAGUGGUUUGGGAAUUUGAGACCAGUACCGUGUCAGAAUUUAGGGGAUCAUUUAAAACGUAAUAAAGCCCCUGCACUGGUGGUGGAUCGAUGAAGUUAUGUAGAGGCACAGGCCUCUAGAUGACUUCGGUUCCUCCAGUGCCAGUUCUAAAUGUGAGACCGCUUGCGAACCGUCUUACAUUGAGACCAUUUUCCACGCUUAAUACCGAUUUUUUUCAGAUAGCACACUGACUCGUUUAUUUCUGCGGGGCCAUACACACAGAUCUGUUUUUCUGUUCUGCAAAUUAUAGAACAUGUCCUAUGCUGAUCUGUUUUUUGUAGACGAGCACAGCCCUUUCAAUUGAUAG